GUUGGGUCUGAGCCCUGCCGCGGUCCCUCGUGUUGUGGAAAUGUUUGCACCAAGCGCGGUGCUCUGCCUUUAGCUCAUGCUUUCAUUGUUAAAACUCAGGCUUUUAGUAGCCUAGUUAUUUUUUUAUUAUUUUUUUUACCGAAGUUGGGCUAAUGUGACCGAGGUCUCUUUUAACUGCGGAUGUCCCUGACCAAUUCCAGCGUCUUUCUGCUGAACGAGGGUUCAGCCGAUUCCUACACUAGUCGACCCUCGGAUUCCGACCUGUCCCUGGAGGAGGACCAGGAGGCGUCUCGGCGUGAAGCCGAGCGCCAGGCUCAGCUGCAGUUAGAGAGAGCCAAGUCCAAACCGGUAGCAUUUGCUGUGAAAACCAAUGUGAGUUACUGUGGGGCCCUGGAUGAAGAUUGUCCAGUCCAAGGUGCCGCUAUUAACUUUGAAACCAAAGACUUUCUGCACAUAAAAGAAAAAUACAACAAUGAUUGGUGGAUUGGUCGGCUGGUGAAGGAAGGGGCGGACAUCACCUUCAUCCCAAGCCCCGUUAAACUUGAGGCCAUGAGGAUAAAGCAGGAGCAGAAAGCAGCAGCAAGGAAAGGAGGAAACGCUUCAUCCGGAGGCUGGAGGUCCACCCCUCCAUCUGCAGCCAAACAGAAGCAGAAACAGACUGAGCAUGUUCCUCCAUAUGACGUGGUCCCUUCUAUGCGGCCUGUGGUGCUGGUCGGCCCCUCACUAAAAGGUUAUGAGGUAACAGACAUGAUGCAGAAAGCCUUGUUUGACUUCCUAAAGCACAGAUUCGACGGAAGGAUCUCUAUUACACGGGUGACUGCUGAUCUGUCACUGGCAAAGCGCUCUGUGCUCAACAAGAAGGCCAUAAUGGAGAGAUCCAACACACGCUCCAGUCUGGCUGAGGUCCAGAGUGAGAUAGAGAGGAUCUUUGAGCUGGCCAAGUCUCUCCAGCUGGUCGUCCUUGAUGCUGACACCAUCAACCACCCGGCGCAGCUCCUCAAAACUUCUCUUGCUCCCAUCAUCGUCUACGUCAAAGUCUCCUCGCCCAAAGUUCUUCAGAGGUUGAUCAAAUCUCGAGGGAAGUCGCAAAGCAAACACCUAAAUGUCCAGAUGAUGGCAGGGGACAAGCUAGCUCAGUGUCCACCUGAGAUGUUUGAUGUCAUCCUGGAUGAAAAUCAGCUGGAGGAUGCGUGUGAACACCUUGCAGAAUACCUGGAAAUUUACUGGCGUGCUACACAUCUCCCAUGUUCUGCCCCUGUUAACCCCUUACUGGACCAAAGUGUGAUCACCCCACCCUCAGCUAACUCUAGCCAACAAUUUUCCGAGACUCAAGAGUUGAUAGAAUGAUUACCACCGCCACAGAAAUUGGAGCCUGUGCUGUCCACUGGGGAGGUUAUGGAGCACAGGGACCAGGGUGCCACCAGGGGGCAGCAGCAGCAGCAGCCCUUGUUUCUCCAAAGCCAGCCACCACCUUCUCUGGCAAAAAAAUGAGGAACAAGAGCCGAGUUCCUCAAGAGUAAAAGAGCAUGAGGCUGGUGAACUGGAGGUACAGGUAGAGGAGCAAGAGGAUGGGGUAGGAGAAGGAGGAAGGUUUGACGAGAGGAGCCUCCGCCUCACUGCUGCCCCCUCAGCAAGAGCUCCCUGCUCCUACCACCACUUAACAACUCAGGGCUGCUUUCUUUUACUGCACGCUUACUGGUAACAAAACCCAAUACAGCAGUGCAGUCAUGGCACACAACCUUCUUCCCCUCACCUACCCCCUGACCUCUCCCAGACACCCUGCUUUCACACUGAAGGUCAAGCUGAGCCAGCCCAGGUGUUACUGACACCCAGAUGAAUUACAUACUGUAACUGUACAGUCAGAGGAUGUUAUCAUCAAGUUCUGUAACUUAGUAACACAAUGUAUAAACAAACGUAGCUCUCCAUUGUAGGGUUUUCUCUCUGAUAAAGAUGGCUUCCAAAGAGUGUAGAGAUUGACACAAAUCAGUUCUUUAUGUCUUCCAUCUCCACAGCUCCCAGUGAGCUGUGAUUCCAGUUGAACCAAAUAUUUUUCUUUAAAAUGCACAAUAGUUACUUUACUAUUUAUUUUGUCUUCUACUUUAUCCUGUAGCAGUUUUUUUUAUUUAUUUUCAUCUUAUUUACUCCAAUUAGAUAUUCUACUGUUUGUAGUCCUCAUCUGGGCCCUCAUUACAGCCGAUCACAUAUCUGUAUGCAACAGUAAUGCAAACCUCACACGUGACAAGUGCAUGCUUCCACAUCAACAGUCUAUAUGCAUCAUCUGCCACAGCUGUGAAUGUAAAUGCUGCUCCGUCAGCUCAAAUGGGAUUAUUUGCAAUAACUCUGGUUUGUUUGCGGGUGGUUGGUGGCAAAUCUCAUUCCAAAUCACUUGAAUCAUAGACUAAAAUUAUUUUCUUGCAUACAAUACACAACUGCAAAACAAAUCACAGAGUUACAUUUGGCUUUUAUAAUGAUUCUAUCUUACCACAUGUAAUCAUUUUAAACUGUGUGUCUCAGUAACUACACAGUAUUGUACAGAUGUUUUGCCAAAGAUGUUAAAAUUCUUCUUUCUGACUUGAUUUAAUCCAACAUAAUUUGUAGCAUAACCAGAUGUCAAAGAUGCGCUGAUAUGUGAUUUAACAGAUUGGAAAAUUACCCUAAAAUAUAUCCCCAGUGCAUUGCCUCGGUCCCAGACUUUGGUUUGGCACUGCUGGUAUGAAGUAGCACCCAUUCCUCAUGAUGGUUUCUAUAAGUGUGAUACUGUUACAAUGACCAUGUCCACUCUCUUACUACCAGAUGCACAUUUUAUUUUCAAAACAUUAACAUCUACUCUCAUUUUGUAGUAUUUUUUGUUGUUGUUAGAAAGUAGAGCAAAUGAUACAUCUGUGAGAGAUUUGGCACACCCUACAUGACUUGACUUGAUCUUCAGGACCAGAAACUUGAAAAACAAAAACAGCUUGUUGAGUAGAUUUAGUUUAUGAUUUUUUUUUUAAAUAGAAUAAAUGUAUAGCUAAAUAACACAGUAACAUGUUGACUCAGCUUGUGUGCUGAAUGUAAUGCUUUGUGAUAUGUGCACUUAACUUAAAAAAAAAACAACAGAACACACAUCACCAUAAACUACACGACAUGUCAGGAACAUAUCUGCCUUUUUAUCUUUUCAGUAGUACCUUUUUAAAUGUGAUAUUGAACUGCUAAAUGGAGUGAUGGAGAGUUCUCAUUUUCUCUUUGGAUGGCAGGAGGACUUAAGAUAUCAACACGGAUUCAGAGUUAAGUAGAAGUAGCAGUUUUGAAAAACACCUGCACCCAUCCGCCACUACACCACUGUGCUACAUCUCUGAGAGGAUUUCAUCACCCCUGAAGAGACACUGAGUCUCCGAGCACAUCAAAAGAUUUCAAGGCUUACUUCCCAAUAAGCCCAGUAAAUUAUUUAAUAAUCUUUUUGCAGAAUUAAAAGCACUGCAGGCUUAUAAGUACACAGAGGGCGCCCUCUUGUGGCAAUUCUGUACUCAUUGCAACUAAAAUGGAAAGACAAACGUGCAUCCAUAUAAAUGAAUAAUACAUUCCACUUCCGGUCAUUACACUAGUUAGUGUAUUUUCUGCAAACACCCAAAACUUCCUUUAAACUUUGUGUCGAUUGUUUUCAUGUAACCAUCUAUUAGCUUUCACAUCAUGUCUUACGGUUAAAGUGAAUGCAUCUCAAAAAGCACUGAUAUUCUCAUGUUAAGGCAUCUGCUUUGUCCUAUACAAAUAUAGCAAUCAGCUAACAUACCACAUGUGUAAAUAAUCGAAUAUACAUGCAUGGCAUAUUGUAUUCCUGUUUCAUCAGAAGGGCUUUUUGGGACCAUCCUCACAUGAGCCAUUCACUCUUCAGAGUAAAUCAUUAUGAUCUCCAUAAGCAGUAAUAUGUAUACAUCAGGCUAUACUGUACAUACUGUAUAUUCAUUAUACAGAUAUUAGAAGUAUUAUACAAUUGCACAGAAGAAAACAAUGCUGACAGGAGGGGUUUUAGUCACAGCACAUAUAUUAAACGUCUCAGAGAGCAUGAGUUUAAAUGUAUUUUCCUCUUCUUUUAGAAUGAUGCACUGCAGUUAUUUAAAACCACAGUAAAUAUUGAUUCCACUGACACCCACUUUCAUUUCUGAAGGACCAGGUUUAAGAGACAUGAUUCUACUUGACCACAGUUUAUUUUCAUUUAUGAGAUGAUGCAGUUAUUAACAUUAGUUUAAUUUACUCAUGCAGGAAAUUUCUACAGUCAAUUGCUUAAAAGUCCAAAGCACAAUUUUUAUAAUUAUCAUUUCCUGUUGUGUUUCACUUGCCUAAAUUCUGUAUGCAAUACAAAGUCUGUUAUGGAAAAGACACUAGCUGAGACUAUCAAGAUAUCUCCUCGGGUGUGAUGGGGUAUAAUUGCACUACUAUAAUUUUAUGUCUGCUUUAUGAUGCAAUAAAUGCACUAAUUGUUAUGCUGUACCCACUUCCAAAACUAAACAAGAUGUCUGGUCUAAUGAUGAUGUUAACAAUCUUGUUGCUUCUCACAUGUCGGACAACAUGAAUCUCAAACAGUGUCUGAUGAUGAUGUGUACAGGGUGCAUCUUUUGUCAAUAGCACAUUUGAAAGAGGGGGUGAAUAAAACACAUUUAAGUAA